UCUUACAACCAAAACAUCCAGACACACUGGGGUUAAUUAUAUCAUCAAUUUCAUCACUCUCAUUUUCUAUCGGCACCGCUGCGUUCACCUGUAUCUACGGAAUACGAACUUAUCUUAGCCUUCAAUGCGACGGCGCUACGAUUUGUUAAAUUGAAUAAAAACAUAUGAGAAUUCGCUUGAAAUGCGAGUCUCGAAAAACGACCGGUAAAAAAAAGAUAUCUCCGAAAAAUUUUCAUUCUAUUAUUUUUUUAAUUAGUUUUAUCUGAGAUACCAUGAACGGAAGCUACCUGACGCGAGGUUUUUCUUAUUUUUCCAUGAAACGUGAAGGCGGCAUCGCGGUUGAAGCCUUCUUAUAGUGUCCAGCCGUGGAAAUUUCGGUUGAUUUUUGGGCUGUGACCGUCGUCCGUUACGGUGCUCGUCAAUUAGAUACAUAUAUCUAUCUGAAAUUUCGUUUGAUUUCUCACUUAUCCAUUUAGGAUACGAUCAAAAUCAAAAUUACUCGAAAGAAGUGUAGUUUCCAGUGAUAAUUAGUGUACAGAUUACUAAGAGACUAACUUUGAAUCAAAUCUCAAUAAUGAAUCCGUCAUGACUAGUGAAACCCUGAUAGUAUCUUAUUUGAAAACGUUGACAGACUCUAACAUAGAUUUAACUUGAAAACAUGGGCCACCUUCUUAUUAAAUAAAAUCACAACUAGAUAAGCUAACCAAAGUCUAAUGCAACGAAUUUCUUCAUAUUUUUUGGACUUUCCAAAUCAAGAGAAAUUGUUCUAACCAACAUAAAUAAGGACCAAAAAAACAACCCUCGAAUAUCGACGUUAGUGUACUUAAUCAUUGUUAAGUGACUAGUGACAUCUGCGAUAUCCAUGAAACCGGAUAAAAGAUUGACGAAACGGAAUCAUGAGUGUGUUACUUUCAGUGCGCUGUUAUGAUGACUAGUAUUGUGUGAAGAAGACCCUAAUUGUUCAGUGAGUCUUCUUCAGUGCUGUUGUGAAGAGGAGCCUGUUGAGCAGAUAUGCGGCUGUUUCUGAUUGUAGCAGUAUUAAUUCUAGUCAUGCCAAUAACUGGUUCGGGGUGGGCUGAAGGCACCAAUGUGAUACUUGAUCCGCAUACGAUUUGUAAUAAGACACGACGAUUACGCGGCCGUUUAGCGGAGAUUUGCAAAGAUAAAGUACUUAUGGCAGAAAUAAUAAACGGCAUAGACCUGGGCUUCCAGGAAUGUAAAUUUCAAUUUAGUAAUCUUCGAUGGAACUGCACAACAUUGCGCAGGAGCAUCAGAAAAAUUUUAAUGAAAGAUACUCGCGAAACAGCAUUUGUAAACGCAAUCACAGCUGCUGGAGUAACUUAUCAAGUCACCAGAGCAUAUACUAAAGGUAUCAUCGGCGAUUACGCGCUUCCAAAUAAGAAAGGAGCACAACAACGGAAAAACUAUGUCGGCCUCAAUAACAUCACCGCAAAUACAAUCCCAAAUAGCAAGAGAGGGAAACAGAACAACGGUCGUGUCCAAAAUAGGAAACAACGACUCCGAGGAGAUGGCAAAGCAGGGAGCCAUAAAAAGCCUCCACCACCUCCACCGCCCAACCCCCAAUUGGCGAAGCAGAUUAGAGAUCAAUGGAAGUGGAGUGGACGGGACGAAAAUGUGAAUGUUGGGUUCCGAAAGGCCAGGGAAUUCCUGGAUGCUCGUUACCGGCGAAGGAGAAGCGACAUUAAGACGCUUGUAAAGUUACAUAAUAAUCGAGUAGGACGCUUGGCAGUUCGAGAUCACAUGCAAAAGCGUUGCAAAUGUCAUGGCCUCUCUGGGAGCUGUACAGUGAAAUUUUGCUGGAAGGCUCUACCAAAUUUUCGAGAAGUUGGAUACCGGCUUAUGGAGCAUUAUGAAGGUGCGACUAAAGUAAUUGCUCGCAAUGAUGGAAUAGGAUUCAUGCCUGAAGGACCAGCAACCAUAAAACCACCUUCCAAGCACGAUCUGGUCUACACCGACGAAUCACCUGAUUUCUGUGUGAACAAUCCAAAAACUGGGUCCUUGGGUACCGUCAAUCGCAAAUGUAAUGCAACAUCUGCCGGCGUAGAUGGAUGUGACCUACUUUGCUGCGAUCGGGGCCAUUAUAAACUCACCCUCUAUCAGAAAGUGUCCUGUAAUUGUAGACUGGAAAAAUUGUGCAAAAUCCAUUGCGAUGAGUGUCCACAGAAAGUUGUUGAAAACUACUGUCAUUGACAAAACACUGAUUAGCCUAAACUCGCGGAAGUAGCACUGUUAGCGGACGUUCUUAAAAUCGUGAUCAAAUCAAAUUUAUCUUCAGAAGAUACGAAUCUAGGAAGGGUGAAUAUGAGUAUCGAAAUCUAAGAACGAAUCAACAAUUGGACCAACUCUGCUCCUGGACACGAAUUAAUUCAGGGCCCUCUUAUGACUGGAAUAAGGGCGCCUGUAGACGACAAAUGUGACAAUUAUAUUUAGCGAAAUAUUGAAAUGCUGGUGAUAUUUGAAAAUUUGAAACGCUUUAAUGUUAUACGAAUUUUAAUCUUAAACGAAAUACAAUUAAAGAAAUGAUAAUGCUUUGACUUUGCUGAGAAAAUUGUAAAUUUUAUUUAAUAUUAUGAUUUAUUGUAUCGGAAGAGUUUCGCUCAACCUCUCCGGUCUUUUUUACUUAAGUGGAAAUAUAUUUUUAAUUAUGCAGUAUUAAGUCGAUAUAUUUAAUUUUGAUAGUUACAAUCUAUGUAUGAGCAUGCAUGCAUCGCAAUAAAAUUAACUUGCGUGAGGUUUUAUAGUUGAUUAAAUAAAUUAUUACUACGAG